CGGCCACACCUCUCUCGGGGGCUGUUGAGACCCUCCCCCACUCCCUGUUCUCACAGCAACGUCGAUCGGCCUGACUCCUGUCCCCUGAACACCUCCACCAACGCAAUCCAGACUCGCUGCCACCCCAAGCCGGAGCAACUGCCGCCUGCCUGAUCCCACCUUGCUUUGCGUUUAACUGUCCCGCCGCGGUCUGCAACUACAUCUCAAUCGUGUUGUCUACACCUGACUCGUCAUGGCAUCAACGUUCUCUGACCGAUUCCGGAGCUCGUCCUUCAACGGCUUUCCGAUGAUGCAGUGCAUCCUGCUUCUCACCAAUGUGCUUCCCGAGGUCCUCAUCCACCACAUGCUGGUGCCGCUGUAUCCGUUCAUGGCCAGGACCCUCAUCAGCCCAACAUCUCAAGGCAUCGUCAUGGCCGGCGACAAACCGGCCUAUGCCUACUAUGCCGGCCUGCUCCAGUCGGCCUACUUCUUCCCCACAAUCUUCAUGACAAUCGUCUGGGGCACAGCCUCAGACAAAGUCGGCCGCAAGCCCAUCCUCCUUCUCGGGCUUGUCGGCUACUGCACCGGCACACUGUGCCUCGGCCUCAGCACGCAGUACUGGCUGGCCGCUCUCGGCUUGUCCAUCAGCGGUGCCUUUGCUGCCAACACCGUCGUUGCCAAAGGCAUGAUAGGCGAGCUUGCAAGCGACGACCAGAGCCGAGCCUGGGGCUAUUCCAUGUACGGAGUGGUCUUUGGUGCUGCCGGCAUCGUCGGCUCGCUGCUUGGAGGGCUCCUUGGCGACAAGGCUCUGUUUCAAGGAGUGCAGUUUCUCGAAGAGCGACCCUAUUUCGUUGCCUGUGCCCUGGGUGCUGUCCUGGCCCUCAUCGGCAUCGCCCUCGACAUUCAGUUUUUGCGAGAAGCCCACGACUCGUCGCACUCGUACCAGGGACUGACCGGCCAAGACUUUGGCGAAGAGCUCGAUCCCCUGGACGAGUCGUUCAUCAUGGAGCCGGUUGCAAGCUCCGGCUCCAAACUUCCCCACGAUCAUCUCGUUGGCGACGACGAGGGCGAUGAUGACGACUCGUCCUCCUCCGAUGUAGUCCGCGGCAAGUUCAAGCCAUCCGUGCAUGGUGCAACAGCCGUCCCCGCAUUCCUGCGACCCAUGGUCCAGUUCUUCCGUUCUUGCUGGAGACUACUUUCGAUCCGGACAAUCAUGCCGAUGCUUUUGUAUUCGAUCUAUGCUCUCUCAAACAGCAUCUACGGCACCUCACUCCCGCUGCUUGCUUCGGCAAGCCACGAAGCCGGCGGCUUUGGCAUGGGCACUGGCGAGACCGGAGCCGCAGUUAUGACCACAAGCAUCGCAAAACUCGGGGCCAAGAUCCUCUUUUACCCCGUCCAGAGACGCUUCGGGACCGUGUGGACGUACCGCAUCGGCUGCCUGCUGAUUAUCCCAGCCGUGCUGCUCCCUCCCAUCUUUGGACAGAUCUCGACCUGGCCGGCACUGAUAGCGGCGGCGUGCUUUAUCGGCGUCGGCGAAGGAUGGCUCUACAUCAGCGUGGUCAUGAUGAUCACCGACUCGGUCAAGGUCAAGCACUUGGGACUUAUCCACGGACUUGCAGGAUGCAUGGCCUCGGUCGUCCGCACAAUUGGUCCGGCGGUCUCGGGGCUUGUUUGGCAAGUGGGCUCGGACCUGCAUAGUCCCUGGCUCGUUUUUGCGAUGGCCUCGCUGUCCGCAACCUCUGGCUUCCUGGCCACGUUCUAUAUGCCGUCGCGGGAAGGUCCUUCCGGAUAUGCAAUCUGAUGUAUGCCACGCUACAAACAUCAUCACCCG